CCUCAGAUAUGACUGCUGACGGGGACUGGGUCGUGGUAAUAUAGCCUGAGUACGGCAGUGUAGGAAAACUAGGAUAAUAUGCUUUAUUAUUUGGUCUGUUUUUUGUUACGGGACUUUUGGCUGCGACACAAAAUGGCGGCGGCUUUACACACGGCCCUAUGCAUACAGCGUUACAACAGCACAACAAGAUGGCGUCGUCUCCUUCAGGGCGCCAGAGGAGAGGAGAGAGAAACAACGGCCACAUCACGCGACAGUGAGGAGACCGCCCAGUCUGAGCUCGGCUGCCUAGUAACAGCCAAUAGGACGUCGUUGGGCAACAGACUUCUGCCCGGCUCCAGCCAAUGACGACGGAGGCUUUCUUUGGAUGACGUGGAGACUGCACUGAGUCACUCGUCCUGGAGUCCUACGAAGGAAAGGGCGCGUCCUCGCUCGCUGCUGCAGUGGCCGUUCCCCUCAAGGCCGUCGGGGGGCGCCUGAACAACGGGAGGUAUGGCGGCCAAUAGGAAAAGGCCCCGGUCCGAGUGGGCGGAUGGCGUCGUAAUGGAUGGGCGCGGCAGCCAAUGGGAGCGCCGCGGCUCCAGUGGAGGCGGUUUCGCACCGACCAAUCAUCUGCUGCUGCUGUAUUUAUAUAAGACUGGCCUCAGCUGCCGAAGCGCCAUUUCGCUGAAGCGGAGAGCAGGAGCUGAAAGUGGAGAGUCUGAGGUGGUUUGAGUCAAAGAGACCGCUACGCCCUCGCUCCGGGAGCGGGCGUCCACACAAUCCGAAUCCAUCCGCAUGGAGACGGCCCUAAACCCGGCGUUUAAAAGGCCUCCUCUGGAUUUAAGCCAUGGUAUAAUGGGCCAGUCUGUGGAGGGAACACCAGGAAAACGUAUUCGCAAGCCCUCUCUUUUGUACGAAGACUUUGAGGGUCCCAACAUGACAUCCAGUGUGUUUAAUCACACGCCGCAAGUCAACCCACCUCCUCCUGAGGUCAGCAACCCCAAAAAGCCCGGCCGCUCAACCAAUCAGUUGCAGUACUUGCACAAAGUGGUCAUGAAGUCUCUGUGGAAGCACCAGUUCUCUUGGCCCUUCCGCCAGCCUGUGGACGCUGUAAAGCUGGGUUUACCGGACUAUCAUAAGAUCAUCAAGCAACCUAUGGACAUGGGGACCAUCAAGAGGAGAUUAGAGAACAACUAUUACUGGAGUGCAUUGGAGUGUAUGCAGGACUUUAACACAAUGUUCACUAACUGCUACAUUUACAACAAGCCCAAUGAUGACAUUGUACUAAUGGCUCAGAGCCUGGAGAAGAUGUUCCUUCAGAAAGUAGCACAGAUGCCACAGGAAGAGCAAGAGAUUCCAAACACUGCUACAAAAAUCAAACCUGUGAAAAGCCCCAAGCUUGCAGGUGGCAUCACCACUGCCCAUCAAGUGCCAGCCAUUUCCUCCAUGUCACAGUCCUCACAUUACCCAAGUUCUCCGGAAGUUCCCACCACCAUCAUUAACUUACCGCACCCACCAGUCCUGUCUAAUCCUAUACUGAAAUCUAUGCCCUCUUCUCAGACUCUCUCCGUUAUCCCAGCGACCACACAACCAAGUUCAAAGAAGAAAGGUGUAAAGAGGAAAGCAGACACUACAACUCCAACCACCAUGGCUAUUAUUGCCACCAGUGGAGAUUCCUUCCCUCUAUCUCCAGCUGAAAACAAACCUUCUAAGAUCCCAGCCCGGCGGGAAAGUGGCCGCCCCAUCAAGCCACCUCGUAAAGACUUGCCUGACUCCCAGCAACAUCAAACUUCAAAGAAGGGCAAACUGUCUGAACAGCUGAAAUACUGCAAUGGCAUUCUCAAAGAACUUCUCUCCAAGAAACAUGCAGCUUAUGCGUGGCCAUUCUAUAAACCUGUGGAUGCCUCUACUCUGGGACUGCACGAUUACCAUGAUAUCAUCAAACAUCCCAUGGACCUCAGCACUAUUAAGAAAAAGAUGGAAAAUAGAGAAUUCCGCGAUGCCCAGGAGUUUGCUGCAGAUGUCCGACUUAUGUUUUCUAACUGUUACAAGUAUAACCCCCCAGAUCAUGACGUUGUGGCUAUGGCUAGAAAGUUGCAGGAUGUGUUUGAGUUCCGUUACGCCAAGAUGCCUGACGAGCCUAUUGCAGUUAAUCCCCCCACCACCUCUACACAAAUGCCCCCCUCCGACUCCAAGUCCUCUUCAGAUUCCUCCAGCGAGAGCAGCAGUGAGAGUUCAGAUGACAGCGAGAGUUCUGACGACUCUGAGGAGGAGAGGGCAAAUAGACUGGCAGAGCUUCAGGAGCAGCUACGAGCAGUACAUGAGCAGCUGGCUGCGCUUUCCCAGGGCCCGAUCUCUAAGCCUAAAAAGAAGCGCGAGAAAAAGGAAAAGAAGAAAAAGAAAAAAUCUGAUAAAAGAAAAGGGAAAGAUGAUGAUGAGUGGAGGUGUGGCAAAUCACGCCCGUCCCAGAAUAAAAAAUCCAAAAAGUCUAGUUCUGGCGGUGGGACCACUAGCACAAGCAGCAGCUCCACGACCCCGGCUUUCUCAAAGAGCUCAAAGAAAUCAUCUGUGAAGUCCCUGCCCCCGCCACCACCUGUCUUGUAUGACUCUGAUGAAGAGGAGGAAUGCAAGCCCAUGACAUAUGAUGAGAAGCGGCAGCUGAGCUUGGAUAUUAACAAGUUGCCUGGAGAGAAGCUGGGUCGUGUAGUACAUAUCAUUCAGUCACGGGAGCCCUCCUUGCGUGAUUCCAAUCCUGAGGAAAUAGAGAUCGACUUUGAGACUUUAAAACCUUCCACACUCCGUGAACUGGAGAGAUAUGUGAUGUCCUGUCUCCGGAAAAAGCCCAGAAAGCCCUAUGCUCCCCUUAACUCUGCGCUCUCUGCAGCACUUAAGAAGCCAGUAGGGAAAACAAAGGAGGAGAUUGCACUGGAAAAGAAAAGGGAGCUGGAGAAGAGGCUGCAGGAUGUUAGUGGACAACUCAACUCCACAAAAAAGCCACCCAAAAAAGCCCACGAGAAGGUGGAAUCUGCUCAGCCUGUAUCUGUCUCCCGACUCAGUGCUUCCAGCUCCAGUUCAGACUCUGACAGUAGCAGCAGCUCCACUUCCAGCUCCUCAGAUACCAGUGACUCGGACUCUGGCUGAGGGAUGGAUCUAAAAUAUAUAUAUAUAAAUAUAUAAAAUGAGCGACUUUACCUUUCUGCUGGAGCAGGGCAGGAAGGCUGGAUUUUUGCUUCAUAAGUGGUUCUAAAAAGGAUCUGCAGGAACAGAACCUUAAUGAACUAAACUUAACACCCUUUGGGGGAAAUAAACUGAGGCCUUUGGUGUUUCCGUGAACUCUGCCUACCCCGCAGCUACUUGUACACGUAAGCACAGCUGGGGGAACGCCUGGAACAUGAGGCAUCACCCUUAAUAUCGGACUUGUGGCUCCCGUGUGGAAUACACUAACAAGGCAUUAUUGAGGGUGGGAGGGGACGAGGCAGAAGUGAUGCAGUGUCCUUAUUUUAUCCUGUUUACAAGUUCUCAUGGAGCGCACGGACACCUGGAAGAGGUAGAGUUCGGCUUCUGUCAGGGCCGGGGGUUUCAGAUGCCCUCUAAUGUAGGUGUUGCUCAGUGCAGUGUUACAAGUUGAGUCUAAGUUUUCUCCUACCCGUGAUAUGACGCACACUACAGUAAGGUGCUUGGGAUCAUUGCUCUGUUGCCAGAGUCCUGGAAUCUUGCUGAGAAGUGGUUGGAUUUUUUUUUUUUGUUUCCCCUAAGGGAGCUUCAAACAUCCUGCAGAGAAGCCUGCACAAGGGUCCAGAAAACAUUCUCCUUCAUACAUAUGAUUUCAAGGAACUUGAAAGCAUUUUUGUACAUGGUAUUGGUGGACAGAAAGUUCUGAGAAGUCCUACAGCCCUUUUACUGCAUGUAGUGUCAGGCCGGAGGGGGGUGCAGUCCAUCUGUAACGAGCACCCGACCUACAGAUUAUCCUGCGCAGCCAUUGUUCUUUUUUUAUUUAUUUAAAAAGAAAAAAAGAGAAGGAAAAACUUUAUUCUUUGUUUUAUAAUGUAAAAUAAUUACAGAGGGUGCCCUGUUGACACAGGGGCCGGUGUAGAUGUAAGAUUUUAUAAGCCUGUAUAUAUACGUGUGUGUAUAUUAUUCCGCGUUGCACAAGCAGCAUGUUUCUCAAUGUAAAGGGUGACUUUAUUUUUUACCUGGGGGGAAAAAAGUUUUCAUUUUCUUCCUAACCAUUUGUUUUGUUUGUCGCUAUGUAAAAAUCUGUCUCUUUGUCUCUCUUGUAUUUGUUGAAACCCUUUUAGUUUGGAAACAUGUAAAUAAAGAAAAUAUACUUCCA